AUGUCUUUACAAGCAGGAGGUCUUUUAGCUUGUGGGAUAUGGCUCGCUCUCAACAUGUACGGCGCCGUUUUAUCGUUUCAGCAUAAAAGCCCCAUCUACUCUUAUCUCGACAGCGUUGCUCUGAUUAUCCAAGGCAUCAUUUGUGUAGCCUUUUCUAUAGGGGCCAUUUUCACUGUAUUUUCAUUAAUCACGGCGAAGCCGCUUAUUCUGCGAUACGCACAUCGAAUGAUGUGGGUGUUAGUAUUCAUCUUUAUCAUCAACUUUUUCGUCGAUCUCAUUGUGUUUGGUGUACAACGGCCCCAAUUUAUCGAUUGGUGCACGGGACGUUCAAGGAGUCGACUUGAUGAUCAACAAAGCAAUGAUCUCCCCGAACAAAGUGGAGAUGAGGAUGUCUACAACUGCAACAAGCUAUGGGAAGCCGAGCUCAAAUUUGCCAUUGUCGUUUUCAUCAUGAUUUCUCUUUGUUUUAUGUAUUGGGCGCUUUGUAUCUGGUCUUACUCACAAAAACAAAUCUCACUGCUGCAGACCUAUUAUGGUUAUCCCAUUCAUCCAAGCGCCGCCGCUGCUGCUGCUACCAUGCACGGACCUGCUGGUGUGAUGCACAAUAUCGGACGAUCAAAAGCUGUUGAUGGUGGUCAUCAUCCUGGUGGUGGAGGAAAAAGUCUCGCUCAAGUGUCUCGACAAGCAUUGGAUUCUAUUUAUUCACUUUUUACAAGGGAUCAUGGUGCAACAACAGAAAAGAAUACCACUACUACAGCAACGCACUAG